GCGGCGGGGAGGGACAGCAGGGGCGCCGGCGGACAGACUGGGGGAAAAAGGUCGGGGCUAUGGGCCGGCUCCGCGCCUCCAGAGGGUCGGGCUCCGUCUGGAAUCCGAGGCCGAGACUGGGGGUACAACGAACUCCCACCUUGUGGCCGGCCGCCCCUGCCUGGGUCGGGUGAGGGGCGCCCACCAAAAGCUAGAGGAGGAGCAGAGGCCGCACACGGUCAGCGGAGCGGCUUCAGGAUGCUUAUCAAGGAGUACCACAUCUUGCUGCCCAUGAGCCUGGACGAGUACCAAGUGGCCCAGCUCUACAUGAUCCAGAAAAAGAGCCGGGAGGAAUCUAGUGGUGAGGGCAGCGGUGUGGAGAUCCUGGCCAACCGGCCCUACACAGAUGGGCCCGGAGGCAAUGGGCAGUACACACACAAGGUGUACCACGUGGGCUCCCACAUCCCAGGCUGGUUCCGGGCACUGUUGCCCAAGGCUGCUCUGCAGGUAGAAGAGGAAUCUUGGAAUGCUUACCCGUACACCCGGACACGGUACACCUGCCCCUUUGUGGAGAAAUUCUCCAUUGAGAUAGAGACCUAUUACUUGCCUGAUGGGGGGCAGCAGCCUAACGUCUUCAACUUGAGCGGAGCCGAGAGAAGACAGAGAAUCCUGGAUACCAUCGACAUCGUGCGGGAUGCAGUGGCCCCAGGAGAGUACAAAGCAGAAGAGGACCCUCGGCUGUACCGCUCAGUCAAGACAGGCCGAGGGCCACUGGCUGACGACUGGGCACGGACAGCAGCCCAGACAGGACCUCUCAUGUGUGCCUAUAAGCUGUGCAAGGUUGAGUUCCGCUACUGGGGCAUGCAGGCCAAGAUUGAGCAGUUCAUCCAUGAUGUAGAUAAGGACACUGAGUUUAGAGAGCGGUGCAGACUCCCCUGUAACGCUUUUGGGAAAAGCACAAGUCUGCGCAGGGUAAUGCUUCGGGCCCAUCGCCAGGCCUGGUGUUGGCAGGAUGAGUGGAUUGAACUGAGCAUGGCUGACAUCCGGGCACUGGAGGAGGAGACAGCACGUAUGCUGGCCCAGCGUAUGGCUAAGUGCAACACUGGCAGUGAGGGACCGGAGGCCCAGACCCCUGGGAAACCCAGCACUGAGACCCAGCCUGGGACCAGAACGGCUGGCACCCCUGAUGGGCCUGAGGCCCCUCCUGGCCCCGACGCCUCACCAGAUGCCAGCUUUGGGAAGCAGUGGUCCUCAUCUUCCCGUUCCUCCUACUCAUCCCAACAUGGAGGUGGUGUGUCUCCACAGAGCUUGUCUGAGUGGCGCAUGCAGAACAUUGCCCGGGACUCUGAGAACAGCUCCGAGGAAGAAUUCUUUGAUGCCCAUGAAGGUUUCUCAGACAGUGAUGAGGUCUUCCCCAAGGAGAUGACCAAGUGGAACUCCAAUGAUUUUAUUGAUGCCUUUGCCUCCCCGACUGAGGUAGAGGGGGUGCCAGAUCCUGCAAUCAUGGCUACCAAAGGCAUUGAAGAUGAGGCCCGAGCUCCCAGGGACUCAGAGGGCCUGGAUGGAACCGGGGAUCUAGGGGUUGAGGCAUGCUCUGUGCAUGCCCUCUUCCUCAUCCUACACAGCGGCAGCAUCCUGGACUCUGGCCCUGGAGACACCAACUCCAAGCAGGCCGAUGUGCAAACACUGAGCACAGCCUUUGAGGCCGUCACCCGAGUCCAUUUCCCCGAGGCCCUGGGUCACGUGGCACUGCGGCUGGUGCCCUGUCCACCCAUCUGCGCGGCUGCCUAUGCUCUUGUCUCCAACCUGAGCCCCUACAGCCAUGAUGGGGACAGCCUGUCCCGCUCCCAGGACCACAUUCCACUGGCUGCUCUGCCGCUGCUGGCCACCUCAUCCUCCCGCUACCAGGGUGCCGUGGCCACUGUCAUCGCUCGCACCAACCAGGCCUAUGCAGCCUUCCUGCGCUCAUCGGAGGGCACAGGUUUCUGCGGGCAGGUGGUGCUGAUCGGAGAUGGUGUUGGUGGCAUCCUGGGCUUUGAUGCGCUCUGCCACAGUGCCAGUGCAGGCACAGGGAGUCGAGGCAGCAGCCGCCGUGGGAGCAUGAACAAUGAGAUGCUCUCCCCAGAAGUUGGUCCAGUACGGGACCCGCUGGCAGAUGGAGUGGAGGUACUGGGUCGUGCUAGCCCAGAACCCUCAGCCCUACCUGCUCAGCGCACCUCCAGCGACAUGGCUAACCCGGAUCCUGAUGGCUCUCAGAACAGCCUACAGGUAGCCCCCACAGUUACCUCUGGGGAGCCCCGUCGUGCAAGCACAGCCUCCUGUCCACCUGCCAGUUCUGAGGCUCCUGACGGCCCCACUAAUGCUGCUCGACUGGACUUCAAGGUCUCAGGCUUCUUCCUCUUUGGCUCCCCACUGGGCUUGGUGCUGGCUCUACGCAAAACCGUCAUGCCUGCCUUGGAGGUGGCUCAGAUGCGUCCAGCCUGCGAGCAGAUCUACAAUCUCUUCCAUGCCGCUGACCCCUGUGCCUCCCGCCUGGAACCCCUGCUGGCCCCCAAGUUCCAGGCCAUCGCCCCCCUGGCUGUACCUCGUUACCAGAAGUUUCCCCUAGGAGAUGGCUCAUCCCUGCUGCUGGCUGACACUUUGCAGACCCAUUCGAGCCUCUUCCUGGAAGAGCUGGAGAUGAUGGUGCCCUCCACGCCCACCUCGGCCAGUGGUGCCUUCUGGAAGGGCAAUGAAUUAGGCAAUGAGCCGGCAGCCCAGCCAGCAGCCCCCAGCACCACCAGUGAGGUGGUUAAGAUCCUGGACCGCUGGUGGGGAAACAAGCGCAUCGACUAUUCACUGUACUGCCCUGAGGCACUCACCGCCUUUCCCACCGUCACGCUGCCCCACCUCUUCCACGCCAGCUACUGGGAGUCGGCAGACGUAGUGGCCUUCAUUCUGCGCCAGGUCAUUGAGAAGGAGCGGCCACAGUUGACAGAAUGUGAGGAGCCAUCCAUCUACAGCCCUGCCUUCCCCAGGGAGAAGUGGCAGCAAAACACACAGGUCAAGAUCCGGAACGUCACUUCCAACCAUCGGGCAAGUGACACCGUGGUAUGCGAGGGCCGUCCCCAGGUGCUGAAUGGGCGCUUCAUGUACGGACCACUGGACGUGGUCACGCUCACUGGCGAGAAGGUGGAUGUCUAUGUCAUGACACAGCCCCUGUCGGGCAAGUGGAUCCACUUUGGCACAGAGGUCACCAACAGCUCAGGCCGUCUCACCUUCCCUGUGCCCUCAGAACGUGCACUGGGCAUUGGUGUCUACCCUGUGCGCAUGGUGGUCAGGGGAGACCAUACCUAUGCUGAGUGCUGUCUGACUGUGGUGUCCCGAGGCACAGAAGCUGUGGUCUUCAGCAUCGACGGCUCGUUCACUGCCAGUGUCUCUAUCAUGGGCAGCGACCCCAAGGUGCGCGCUGGCGCAGUGGACGUGGUCAGGCACUGGCAGGACUCAGGCUACUUGAUCGUGUAUGUAACUGGCCGGCCUGACAUGCAGAAGCACCGUGUAGUGGCCUGGCUGUCGCAACACAACUUCCCCCAUGGUGUUGUCUCCUUCUGUGAUGGCCUCACCCAUGACCCACUGCGACAGAAAGCUAUGUUUCUGCAGAGCCUGGUGCAAGAGGUAGAACUGAACAUCGUGGCUGGGUAUGGGUCACCGAAAGACGUUGCAGUGUAUGCGGCCCUGGGACUCUCUCCAAGCCAGACCUACAUUGUUGGUCGUGCAGUGCGUAAACUGCAGGCACAGUGUCAGUUCCUGUCAGAUGGCUAUGUGGCCCAUUUGGGCCAGCUGGAGGCAGGCUCCCACUCCCAUGCCCCCUCAGGACCUCCAAGAGCUGCUCUGGCCAAGAGCAGCUAUGCUGUGGCUGCCCCUGUGGACUUCCUCCGUAAGCAGAGCCAGCUGCUUCGAUCCAGAGGCCCCAGCCAGGUGGACCGCGAGGGCCCAGGAACACCUCCCACCACCCUGGCUAGGGGCAAGACUCGAAGCAUCAGCCUCAAGCUAGACAGUGAAGAGUGAGCAAACCGUGGCUGGACCUGGGUUAUUUAUUGAUACUCAAGGGGCUUGAGUGACUGUGGGAGGCUGGGGCCUAGACCUUUGGCCCCAGCCCCGGCCCCACACCCUGUAUAACUACUCCUCAGUACUACUUCCCUUAGUGGGGGAUUACUUCCUACCCCCGAGGGGAGGAAGGAGGGAGUGGGCUAGGGUCCAGCAGCUUUUCCAACGUGUGAACCUAUAAAAAUAAACUGCACUCUACCAAGG